AUGUUCUCUCGUGCUUUCAUCUCCAUUGUUUUCAUCGCGGUUGCGGCCAUGAGUGCCAGUGUCAAAGCUGCGUGCGACAAUGGAACCCCAGGAUACACCCACAUCGUCGUCGCCGGUGACACUUGCUACGCCAUCGCUGCGCAGGGCGGUAUCACCAUCGACCGUCUCGAAGCGGCCAAUCCUGGUAUCGGGUGCGACAACCUUCAGACCGGAGAGAGAAUUUGCGUUCCUAGUAAUGCCUAA